AAUAUUCUCCUCGCCCCACUUCUUGCUCUCCACAAUCCAGAUUUUAAAGUUUGACUUUCCACUCCCCACCUGCUCCCUGAGCCUCCAACUUCUGUUCUCCUAUCUCCCGAAUCUGAAUUCUUUCUGGUUCCAACCAGCUCAACUUCUCUUGGUUUCAGAAACAGGUUCCCCACCAGCAGUCCCAUACCACCCAGGGAUGUGCUCCUCAGGCAGGGGAAUGAGAACACGGUGUCCUGGGAGGGAGAGGUGCGAAACCCCCCUUCCCUGACCGAGAGUUCCAGGGGACACCCGUACGAGCGGCAGUGUAAAUAGCAAAGGAAGAGCUCACUCCAGGGUCCUGAGCCAAGGCCAGGGCGCUGGGCUCUGCUGGGCCAUCCUGCAUGCCUAAUCCGCUAUUUAAGGAGCUGCUCGGCUGCAGCCCAGGCACCACCCCCCUCCUCACGUACACCGGUUUCGAGCCACCUUAAAAGCGGGAGGCAACUGUGAAGUUGCUGGCCAGUAAGUGGUGUGGAGAUUACGAAGGGACAUACGGAGAGGGCAGAGAGAGGAAGAGAGAGAAAGUGAGAGAGGAAGAAAUUUAUCCUGGGAUCCAGAAGUUCGUGUUAACCUGUGGAAAAUCAAGUCCCUGGAAGUCUGCAGAGACAGAGACAAGAAGAAAAGAGAUAGAACGCCAGAAACUCCUCUCUCUCCCUCCCUCUCCACCUCUCUCUUCUAAACCCCAAAUUCCUGGUCCCUUGUACCCCAUUGUGGGGAUAAUAUGUUGUUCUUCGCUCUCCUGUUAAAGGUGACUUGGAUCCUGGCUGCAGAUGGGGGUCACCACUGGACAUAUGAAGCUUCAUUGUUCUGAAACUACAGGCCCACACGGUCAGGACCAUUGGCCAACCUCUUAUCCUGAGUGUGGAGGCGAUGCCCAGUCCCCCAUCAAUAUCCAGACAGACAGUGUGAUAUUUGACCCCGAUCUGCCUGCUGUACAGCCCCAUGGAUAUGACCAGCUUGGGACUGAGCCUUUGGAUCUACACAAUAAUGGCCAUACAGUGCAGCUUUCCCUGCCCCCAACCCUGCACCUGGGUGGACUGCCCCGAAAAUACACAGCAGCCCAGCUCCACCUGCACUGGGGUCAGAGAGGAUCCCUCGAGGGAUCAGAGCACCAGAUCAACAGUGAAGCCACGGCUGCGGAGCUCCACGUGGUUCACUAUGACUCCCAGUCCUACAGCAGCUUGAGUGAGGCAGCUCAGAAGCCACAGGGCCUGGCUGUCCUAGGCAUCCUCAUUGAGGUGGGCGAGACUGAGAAUCCAGCUUAUGAUCACAUUCUGAGUCGUCUACAUGAAAUAAGAUACAAAGAUCAGAAGACCUCUGUGCCUCCCUUCAGCGUGAGAGAGCUGUUCCCCCAACAGCUGGAGCAAUUCUUCCGCUACAACGGCUCACUCACAACUCCCCCCUGCUACCAGAGUGUGCUCUGGACAGUCUUCAACAGAAGGGCCCAGAUUUCAAUGGGACAGUUAGAGAAGCUCCAGGAGACAUUGUCCUCUACAGAAGAGGACCCCUCUGAGCCCCUUGUACAGAACUACAGAGUCCCCCAGCCUCUCAACCAGAGGACCAUCUUUGCUUCUUUCAUCCAAGCAGGACCACUGUAUACCACAGGAGAGAUGCUGGGUCUAGGUGUGGGAAUCUUGGCUGGAUGUCUUUGCCUUCUGCUGGCUGUUUAUUUCAUCGCUCAAAAAAUUAGGAGGCUAGUCACUCCCAUGAACCAUUGCUCCCCUUUCCAGGAAGAAGCGGCUGGGAAACAGGAAAAGUGUGGUUUUCACCUCUGCUCGGGCUACCACAGAGGCGUGAACUCUGUCUCAAGAUGCUGCAGAUGCCUCCCUCUCCUCCUGCCAGGGAGCCUCUCUGAGGGCUGCAGGCACUGGACGACCAGUUGUAGGCAGGCACGUGUCCUGCUAGGUAACCCUCUCUAUACACCAGGGACCCCAGCUCUUCAGGAAGGGCUGAGCCUUUGGCCUUCAAAGCUGUGGAUGAGGAGAUUCCCUGUCCUCAUGCUUGGUUGGAAGAAGCUGAGGAUAAACUGCCAUCUUUCACCUCACACCGCCAUGUUCUCUCCCUUAGAUAUACGUUGUAGUUUUUUUUUUUCCUCUAGGAAAAAAGGGCUGCUGCUGGGAUUUUAAUUAUUUUUUGCUCAAUAUAUGUUUGGAAAUUAAAAGUUUUUGAUCUUAA